CACUCCAGCCAGAUCCUCCACGAAAGCUCCGUCCAGAGCGCACGCGUACACACGCUGAAACCAAGUGAGCAGCGAGGACCAAGUCCAUGGAGGUGUCGGCGUGCUCCGGCGGCCUGGAUCCCGCGAGACUGGCCAAGGCGCCGCAGCUGCUGCGCUCGGCCUCUCAGGCCAUGAAGGGGCUGGCCGCCGACAUCCACUCCUCCGGCGGGAGCGGCCGGAAAUGCGCGCCUGGGGCCAGUAGGUCCGGGGGAAAGGCCGCCGCCCCCAUCCUGGAGCUUCUCGAGACCUAUUUGCUCGAGAUCUGGGACAUCUCUGCUGCUGCCGAAUAUAAGGCGCUGGCUCUGCAGGCCAGGGAUGCCUUCUACUUGAACCAAGACCUUCAAGACACGGUCGACUGCCGCAGGUUUCAUUCCUCCAACCCACCUCGUGUUCAAUUCAAACCACUUCCCGCUCUCAGGUGGUGUGGUUGGCACUGCCUCCCUUUUGGAAUAGUUGCGCCCAAACCACCCAAGAAGAUCAUCAAGGACAUCAAGGUUGUGAAUCAAGAAACUCGCAAGAUUGGCGAUCUGCUGGACAAGGGGGAAGACGGCUCAUCGCGGGGGCGGCCGCGCAUGCCUGAUUCAAGCAGGGAAAUUCUUCACACUAGAAGAGGAUUCGUUGGGCGUGACAAGGAGAAGGAUGAUAUCGUGCAAUUGCUCAUCCAGCCAUGUGCCAAGUCUGCUGUUAUCCCUGUUGUUGGUGAAGCAGGAAUUGGGAAGACAACUCUUGCUCAGAUGGUGUUCACUGAUGCAACAGUUCGGGAGCAUUUUGAUGUCAAAUGUUGGGUGUCAGUUUCCAGUAGCUCCAACAAGAUGGAGCUCGCAGCCGAGAUCCUAAGGUCGGUCCUACCGGCUUGGGAUGGCUCCGCUGACAAGAUGCUGGAUUUUCAAAUGCUUCAGUCGGAGCUCCGUCGAGCUCUUACAUCCAAGAGGUAUCUGAUUGUUCUUGAUGAUGUGUGGAACAUCACAGAUGAAACCUGGAUGGACAUGCUCGCUCCUCUACAGUCAGCAGAUACCGGGAGCAGAAUUAUGGCGACUUCCCGCAUGGACACCAUGCCUCGCAUCUUCAGAGCAUCACAGCUGUACACUGUGAAUCCGCUCAAGAACGAGGAUUGCUGGGCCCUGCUGAAGGAACAUGCUUUGCCAAGUGAUCCCGGUAAUGUCUAUCAAGAACUUCACCCGAUCGGGAAGCGGAUUGCUGAAAAAAUCAAUGGAUCACCUCUGGCUGCCAAGCUGGUGGGAGGUUUGCUGGGAGAUACAAGGAGCAACAUUCACUGGAUGAACAUCAUGGAAAAUGGAUUACAAGAUAAUGCUGUUUUCUCCGCCCUAUGCUUGAGCUAUAAAUACCUACCGGUACACCUCAAGCGAUGCUUUGCAUAUUGCAGUUUGUUUCCAGAGGACUAUAAGUUUGAUCCAGCACACUUGUUCCGCCUUUGGAUUGCCGAGGGUUUUGUUCAACCACAAGACAGGGCUGAAAAAAGGAUGGAAGACAUUGCUAGAGAAUAUUUUGAUCAGCUCCUUUCACGCUCAUUCUUCCAGGAACUCAAGCUUGGAUCCAAGACGUACUACUUGGUGCAUGGCUUACUCCAUGAUCUUGCAAGGUCUGUUGCAGCGGAGGACUGUUUCCGUAUUGACGAUGGCAUGAACUGCGACAUCCCGUUAACAGUGCGCCAUCUGUCUGUCACCAUGAACAGUCUACCUUCCCUCACAAGCUUCCGCAGUCUAAAAGAGUUGCGCACCUUGUUAAUCCGACCGUCACUUCCAUCCAACUCCAGUUGCUCCCAAGAGGAUUUUGCUGUGAAUUUAAAAAGUAUCCUGGAGAAGUCAAAACAGUUGCGUGUUCUUGAUCUCAGUUGCUUUAAGUCCAAAGAGUUGCCCCAAUGCAUUGAUGACUUAUUGCACCUCCGAUACCUAUCUAUCCAUGGCUCCAUCCAGAGGCUUCCUGAGUCGAUUGGCAAGCUCCUGCAUCUGCAAGUAUUGUGCUUCACUGGGAAAUGUUCUUUUGAUAAGCUUCCUGAAAACGUUACUAUGUUGGUCAAUUUGCGGCACCUUCUUGUUGAAACAAAGUGUACUGCAGGAUUGGCGGGCAUUGGUCGGCUAGCUAACCUUCAGGGAUCACUUGAGUUCCACAGUGAGAAGAGGGAAGGGCAUAGACUAGAAGAGUUGAGGAACAUCAAUGGUCUCCAUGGGCUACUAAAAAUAAAAGGUCUAGAAAAUGUUUCAAGCUAUGAAGAAGCCUGCAAAGCUGAGUUGAAUAAAAAAACACAUCUUAAUUCUUUGAACUUAGAAUGGAGCUCCGCUAGUAGGAAUAACCCUCCUCCUGCGGACGCAAAGGUACUUGAAGGCCUAAAGCCGCACCAAGACAUUAAGGUACUUAACCUUAGAAGGUAUUGUGGCGCCAGAGCUCCCAGCUGGCUACCAUUAUUGCAGCAGCUGCGUUCCUUGCACCUUACCAAUUGCAGGAGUUUGACCAUGCUUCCUCCACUGGGGCAUUUGGGAUCACUCAGACAUUUACACAUGAAGGAGCUGUGUGCGGUUGACUGUAUUGGACAUGAGUUUUAUGGCACUGGUGAUGUGGCAUUUCCAUCCCUAAACUUCCUUGAAUUUGAUGAUUUCCCAAGGUUGCAUGACUGGUCCGGAAUAGCACACGGAAAGUCAUUUCCAUGCCUUGAAAGAUUAAUCAUAAUGGAUUGUCCAAAAUUGGUCAAAAUUCCUCCCCUCCCCCCAACUACUUGUGAAGUUACCAUUGAGCGUACACAGUUCUUACCAUAUAUGAGGCUUGCCCCUUUUUCUUCGAGUUCAGAGAAGCUCCAACUGGAUGUUUGUACAACUAAUGUCCACUUCAACGGCUUACUUCAUGAACAGCACAGAGAAGCCAUUGUAGCCGUAAACAUAAGUGGUGCUGAGCAGGUCGUUGCUACUGAGGAAAUAGGGUCGCUUGUUUCUCUACAAAGGUUGCAGCUUAGUCGCUGUAAUUUUACUGACCAAAAUUUUAGUAGGUUUCUCCAGGCUCUCCCUUGUCUCUCCUCAUUGGAGAUGAUAGACCUGCCUAACAUGACAUCUCUUCCAGCAUCGGAAACACUUAAGUUCUGCACCAUGCUCACUGAGUUGUCCAUACGCAACUGCCAGCUUUUGCACUCUCUAUCCUCAUUGCAGUUUUUUGAUUCACUAAAAGUUCUGGUGAUCGAGAGAUGUCCUAAAAUUACUGCAACAUCAUUUCCGUUGAACUUUAGUAGCCUUUCAUCUCUCAAAGUGUUGAGAAUAUCAUACUGCUCAGAGCUCCAAUCUUUACCAGUAUGCGGUCUGCCAUCCUCAUUGGAAACACUUCAUAUUAUUGGGUGCCACCCGGAGUUGUCCAAACAGUCAAGAAAUAGGACAGCUGCUUUGGUACCUAGUGUGCCGAUUCAGUGACAGAAUAUUUUGCAGGGAGAGAUGGCAAUGCAAACACUGAGGCCACCUGAACACAACCUUGGAGCAUCUCUAGUAGAAUCUCUAUCCCUUGAAACUGCCAAAAUCUGUCAAAAUCCCACUCCAUGAGAUUCCCUAUCCCAAACCAUAUCCCUAUAAUUUUUAGGUCAAACCUAAAAACACCCCAUCUUGACCCAAAAUAUAGGGUAAAAAAUACCCACUGAUCCACGGGAGACCAAAUUCCCCCAAGUUCUCGCCUGCUGCCCAAUCGACCCCGCCGUCGCCCCAGUGACUCCAUGGAUGCCACUCGUCCCCUGCGGCCCAUUCAACUCCUCGUAGUGCUGAGUUGUUGCCACCCGCACUGCCCAUGGCGGCUCUCGAGUUGGCCGUGUCAGCAUCAAGUGUGGUGCUGCCCGCCGCCGGCGGGCGCGCGGGGCCACCGCAGCUCUUAAGCCCCACCUGGGUGCCACCAACAUGCAGCCCACCGGCCUUACGACACAUGAUACCAGCAUCCCGUAUCUGUGGCGCGCACAUGGCACUGACGCCGGCGAGAGGCCCAUCUAACCCCACGCAUCCCUCCCAUCCCUUGUAGCCCCUCCACCUGCUAUUGAUGUCAGCAAGCUCGGCAUGGGCAACGCUCUGAGGCAUUCGACCAAAUGCCCGCAAGUGCCAAUUUUUCAUGAGCAUGAUGAGCGUCUCUGUGUGCAUAGACGACAUCAACUACUUGAUGCCAAAUUCUCAAGUACAAGAUGUCGUGGAGUUGUUUGGCACUCUGUUUGACAAGAAAGCGCAAAGGUCCGCCCAUUACACGGUGGGUAAGGAUGGGACAUUGGUGAUGGCAUAGGACUAGGAGAAUAUGACGCUUGAUGAGGCCAUGGGGAAUGAUCAUACCAGGGCCAACUAUUGGAAGGACAUUAAGUAGGAAAAUCAUCACAAUGUGAAGACACCCUCCUGUCAGGAUGAACUGUUUUGGAUUAUGUUGUGCAUUUGUAUGUGUGUUGGAAAUUUCAAAGUUAUGGCAUUGUAAAAUAGAAGUUUGAAUUUUUGUGAUGUGAUGAAAUUGGAGUUAAAAUGGGUUUGAAUAUG